AUGGUGGUUUCUUAUGAUGAUAAGCGUAUCUGGAAAAACAUCGAUACAGUUCUAAAAGAUGAGCUCGUUCUAAGUAUUAUCUCCAAUCUCGAGUGUCUGAUUUGCUCGGAAGUUAUGCAUGUGCCUUAUCUAGCACAAUGUGGCCAUUCGUUCUGCUACGGAUGUCUCAAUUCAUGGUUCGAAACAAAAGUCAACUGUCCCACUUGCCGCACGGAUAUGGAUCUGCAGCCUACUUUGAACAUCCAACUUCGAGACGUGAGCAAAAGCAUCACAGAUCUAGUCAUCGAAUGUAUGGAAGAUGAGGUGCAUCAGAAAGAGCUUAAAGAAGCUCGCACCAACGUCAUCGAGGAGCAUGAGGAGGAUUUGCGGAAAAGAAGCUUAUUUGGCGAAGCGUUCAAUAAUGCGCCGACAUUGGUGGAUAAAUCCGAUGGAGUACCACGUUGCGGAAACUGUCACUGGGAAGCACAUGGAAGUGUCUGCCUACAUUGUGGAGCCCGUUUCCGAAUCUCGCGGUCGGAUCUGUAUUUCGACUCGGAUGACGGAGACGCCUAUAACGAAGAUCAGGACGAGGUGGAACUUUAUGGCAUUGCCGAUGAUAAUGCAUACGACUCACAAGACAGCUUUCUCGACAAUAGAGAUGCAGUGGAAAUUAGCAACGACCGCCAUCAUGCACUGGAAGAUGACAUCCUAUCUUCGGGUGAGGAGAGCAACGAGCUGUGGAGUGGCUUCAGAAAUGAUCCAGAUCAGCUCUCGCGAAUAUAUGGAGAUACCGAAGAUAAUGUCCAUAUGGUUGAUAGUGAAGAUGAUCGAAACAGCUGGCAAGAUUCCGAUGGGGAAAGUUCGAAUAUGGAGAGUGCAAUUGAUCGCAUCCAUCGUCAGGAUGUGGCCGAGUAUGUUGAUCUUAGCGCAGAGGAAGGAGAUUCAGAGGACGAAGCGGUGACGAGUCAUCGAAGGGCUGUGGUUGUUGAUCUGGACUCUGAUUGGUAG